AAGAUUUCAUGACGUCAUACCAGGUACAUAAUGCAAAAGUUUAGUUUAACAAAUAUAGUAUGCCAAUGUUAAUCAAAUGGACAAAAAGCGGAACGCAUCGACAAAAAGACUGAGGUGGAACCUCUUCAGAGUCCGUCAUAGCAAAAUCUUGGAGAAAGAUGGCGGUGUACAGCGACAAUCGUACACGCUGGGCGACCAAAAAUAUAUUCUCCCACCUAUAAAGAAACUCAGGCCCUCCAAGGACGGGAAAUGGGGGUACCUGGACAAGUGGCCGGCGAACGCCAGCACCCAGAUGGGGUCGUCUGCGACCUGCAGCCUGACGCCGACAAGAGGCUGGUCGUCACGAAGGACGACGAAACGACACGCUCGAUAUGACCACAAGACCCCGAUUCCUCGAGAAACUCGAAGUUUAUCUAAAGAACGAGUUACACAGGCUCGGUGUUACAGAAGUGAAACCCAGUGAAGUCAGGCUUAAGGUUUAUCGGCAGGUCUUUGACGCGUUCAUUAAAAACUUUACAUCAUACAGUUC